ACAAAGGCAGGAGCAGCUGUGCCCGUGACAGCCAGAGACCACCAUCAUCUGAGAGAGUCAGCUAUGUAUUUGCAGGAACCGUAGCCCUGUGAGAGAGACCACCAUCACCUGAAAAACACAAGACAAACAAAGCUGCUCCUAAAGAGGCGUCUAUCCAUCAGCCGAGAGACAUCCAAAGACAUUCUUUGACAGCUGCCACCUGAGACAGGAUUUCUGAGACGGCCAUCAGCUGAUAGCGACAGCUUGAGACAUCCAAAUAUAGCCGCCUCUUAAGACAAUUCAUUUUACUAAGGCAAUCAUCUGUAAUCUACAGCACCUGCCUGCCCUUCCCAAGCUCUGUCCCUGUCUCCCACACACCGUGACAGCAGCAUCUUAAGUCCCUCAGUCAUUCCCCCACCCUCAAACCUCCUAUCCCCCACCCUCAUUCCUCCUGUUCCCCUUUCAUAUCUGCUCAUUCCCAGUCACCCUCCUCCCCCAUUUGUGUUUGUGAUUGGACCUGCUCCUUUUGUCUGACAACCCGUUUUAUAUUUGUCUGCAACCAGUCAUCACAACAACCUGCAUUUACAUAUAAUCAAGAAGGAAUAUUUAUCUAUCUAUCUAUCUAUCUAUCUAUCUAUCUAUCUAUCUAUCUAUCUAUCUAUCUAUCUAUCUAUCUAUCUCUUCAUCCCAGUCUGUUAAGCUAUCUAAGAAUCUCUCAUAUUGAUAUUUUCCUUAAAAUCAUCAUAUACAUGCACAGAUUACAGUAGUGAUUCAGGUUCACAAAGACAUACUUUGGGUCAAACAUCAUACACAUACCUUCAGGCCAUAAUUUCUGUCUCAUUGUGACAGUCUGCAUUGCACACGGCCAGAAGAUGAAGCAGUAAACUUCAUGCUGUGCCAUCCCAGCAUGCCAGUGCAUGUGAUGACAGCUCUGCUGCUACCGGGGGCAUCGGACCCCCAACCCUAAGGCAGUGGCUAGGUGAUAUACCUCCUCAUCAACACAAAUGGACAUCAAGGGGCACAACUGGGCUGAGGAAGAAUCUGAUGGGGAAAAUGAAUGUGGGGAGUUCCUCUACGGAGUUCAGGGCACGUGCUGUGUUGAUCUGUACAGACAUCCACAGCUUGAUGCAGACAUAGAGGCUGUUAAAGAAAUAUAUAGUGAAAGUGCUGUAUCUGUAAGAGAAUAUGGGACCAUAGAUGAUGCUGAUAUUGACUUACACAUAAACAUUGGAUUCCUGGAUGAAGAGGUAGCCACUGCCUGGAAAGUAAUCCGAACAGAGCCCAUAGUCCUGCGCCUACGCUUUUCCCUCUCUCAGUACUUGGAUGGCCCUGAGCCUACCAUUGAUGUAUUUCAACCAUCAAACCGAGAUGACUUUGGACUAGGGAUUCAGUUAAAGAAGAUCUUGUCCCUCUUCUCGUCUCAUCAAUGGCGGUAUCUCAGUAAUGAAGUUUUACGUUCACAGCAGGAAAGAAGGCUGCGGUGGCUUAGAGUCAGUGGUAGCAUUAAGAGAUUUCGGGCUGGACUAAGCAUCUUCUCUCCAGUACCCAAGUCUCCCAGUUUCCCUGGAGUCCAGGAUUCCGCAGUCCGGAGUAGUUUAACAGGCUCAGACCUUAGAAGUGGUCUUGCGGGGGCAGAUCUCCGUGUCCCCCGUAUCAUGAAUAGAUCAGUCUCCUGUACUUUACGAAACCCUAAAUCAGAACUGUAUGGGAGUCAUACAACCACAACACAGGUCAGCGGGCAUUGUAAGACGGUUCCUACUCUGGAGUACGGAUUUUUGGUGCAGAUAAUGAAGUAUGCAGAACAGCGGCUACCCACUCUGAAUGAGUAUUGUGUAGUGUGUGAUGAACAGCAUGUCUUCCAGAAUGCAUCUAUGCUCAAGCCAGCGGUGUGUACAAGAGAGCUCUGCGUCUUCUCUUUUUACACUCUGGGAGUGAUGUCAGGGGCUGCUGAAGAAGUGGCUACAGGAGCUGAGGUUGUGGGUCUGCUGGUUGCCAUGUGUCGAGCUGCCCUUGAGUCACCGAGGAAGAGUAUUAUAUUUGAGCCAUACCCUUCAGUAGUGGAUCCUAAUGAUCCCAAAACACUGGCCUUUAACCCUAAGAAGAAGAACUACGAACGUCUCCAGAAAGCCUUAGACAGUGUUAUGUCAAUCCGGGAGAUGACCCAGGGAUCAUACUUGGAAAUCAAGAAACAGAUGGACCGUCUUGAUCCACUGGCCCACCCCCUUCUACAAUGGAUAAUCUCCAGUAAUAGAUCCCACAUUGUGAAAUUGCCCCUGAGCAGGCAGCUGAAGUUCAUGCACACCUCACAUCAGUUUUUGCUGCUCAGUAGCCCCCCAGCUAAGGAAGCUCGAUUCCGAACUGCCAAGAAACUCUACGGAAGCACAUUCGCCUUUCACGGCUCUCAUAUUGAGAACUGGCACUCUAUUCUGCGGAAUGGGCUGGUCAAUGCAUCCUACACCAAACUGCAAUUGCAUGGAGCAGCAUAUGGGAAAGGGAUAUACCUUAGUCCCAUCUCCAGUAUUUCAUUUGGAUACUCAGGUAUGGGGAAGGGGCAACAUCGGAUGCCAUCAAAGGAUGAGUUGGUUCAGAGAUAUAAUCGGAUGAACACUAUUCCUCAGACUCGAUGUCUCCAGUCUCGUUUCUUGCAGAGUCGGAAUCUCAAUUGUAUUGCACUGUGUGAAGUAAUAACAUCAAAGGAUCUACAGAAGCAUGGAAAUAUUUGGGUGUGCCCAGUGUCUGAUCACGUCUGCACACGCUUCUUUUUCGUGUAUGAAGAUGGCCAAGUCGGGGAUGCCAACAUCAACACUCAGGACCCCAAAAUCCAAAAGGAAAUCAUGCGAGUGAUUGGGACACAAGUGUACAGUGGAUGAGGGAUAAUAUCCUCAGGAUUACAAUCAAAACAGAGAGGAGCGGUCUGUACUCUCUGGGACCAAGAACAUGGGGCAAUCUAUGACCUGCUUCACAUAUGGAAGAUUAAGGGUCCUUUCUGUGACUGAACAGACCCUUUCUAAUGUGGAGAUGAGGGUCUUGCACUGAUCAGGCUCUCCAGGCAAAAGUAAGAUAUCAUUCUAUGUGGAGAUAUCGAAGCCCUGGGACAAAUCCUGACAUAUAUUGACUUUACCCUGUGUCAGCACUACCCAAUUUCCAUACUUAA